AUGGAAGAAGAUAUGGGGAAAGGACUCCAAAUGAAAAGUCAAGACGAGCUAAUUGGUGAAAGGGUGCCAGCGCAAACAACAUCUAAAGAUAAAUUCGUUGACGCCAAAUCUGAUCUUCUUUCAACAAUACCGAGAACAAAAGAAGAACAUGAAGAACUUGACAAUUUAAACAAUAAUUUUAGCGAAAGAUUGGAAGAUUUGAACAAGAAGACGAGCUUUCCAGAAGGAAAAGGGGAAACAAUCGAGGAUGAAGACAAGAUUAACAAGAAUAAAAACGUGCAGUGA